GGAAAGAUGUGUGGUUCGCUUGGAAGGCAAUUUGGGUGCUUAGGCAUCCUCUUUCAGGCGCACCUCCUUCAGGUGACCCACCUCUUUCAGGCGAGAAAGAAAAUUUUGAUAAGGCUGAAGAACUGUAUGCAGAGACGCCUAUGAAUUGGCAUGAUUCUGUUGGUUCAAAUGCUUUGAUAAAUGGAUAUUUGAAGAUGGGGAAAUUGGAUCAGGCAGUUAGGGUUUUUGAAGGCAUGAUGGAGAAAGAUGUGGUUUCUUGGAGCUCAAUGGUUGAUGGGUAUUGUAGAAAUGGAAGACUUGGUGAAGCUAGAGUGUUAUUUGAUAGGAUGGAAGGGAAAAACGUGGUUACUUGGACUGUUAUGAUUAAUGGCUAUGUGAAAAUGGCGUGUUUUGAAGAUGGGUUUGGUUGUAUAGAUGCGGUUAAUAAUGUAUUUUGUACGAUGAAGGAGAGAGAUGUGGUUUCUUGGAAUUCUCUAAUUGCUGGUUAUGUUCAGGCGGAAGAAAUUAAAGAGGCUUACAAACUUUUCAAGGAAGUACCAGAUAAAGAUGUAGUUUCUUGGACGACCAUGAUUACUGGGUUUUCUAGUAGAGGGAUGACAGGGAAAUCCACUGAGUUGUUUAAAAUGAUGCCAGAGAAAGAUGAUGUUCCUUGGACUGCUCUUAUUUCAGGGUUUGUGAACAAUGGAGAAUGUGAGGAGGCUAUCCAUUGGUUCAUUGCUGGUUUGGCUAUUAAACCAAGGCUUGCAAGUACAUGCUCAUGUUUUGAAAAUGGAUAUGGAACUAGAUUUCCCCAUUCUAGGGUUUGGGGUGCUCUUCUUGGUGCAACCAGGAACCAUGUGCGACUUGAACUUGCUAAACUUGCAGCUCAACAUCUUUCUGAAUUGGAGCCCCACAAUGCGGCUCCUUAUGUGGUUUUGUUCGACCUUUACUCUGUUUCAGGGAACAUGAAGGAUGAGGAACAAGUUAGAAUAGCUAAGAAAUUGAAAGGGAUAAAGAAAAGUCCAGGUUGUAGUUGGAUUAUGGUGCAGGACAAGGUUACUUGUUCCUUUCAGGAGACCGAUUCAGUCCAGUCAGUGUUUCUUGUUGUUGGGAAUUCAUCCUCCAUGAUGGUGCUCGCCAUCAUAGUUAUGCUAUUUAGGACUAUAACUGUGAUGACCUUGCUGGUGGCGUUCUCAUUCUAUGGUGCAAAUCAGUUGAAGUUUCACUGGGUGGAAUGCUAUGAAAAGCUUCUUGUAGGCUCAGUCCUAUGUUUAGUUGGAGUUUUGACACUAGUCUUUCAUCAUCAUGAUGGAGACGUGAGUUCUACUGGAGAGCAUUUACAUAGGAAGCUCAUUGCCAUAUGA